AUGAAGAGCUAUUUGCACAUGUUCUCUAUGUUCCAAAGUUUAAGGUUUAUACUCUCAUUAGCCGAUGUGGACCCAAUGCUCAUGAUGGAAGAUGAGAGCCUUGUGUGGGCAAGCAGUGAUGUAGUCAUUGUGCUUCAGCAUCUAAACGAGAAAAUACCUUUGAGUUAUGUGUCUGAAACAGAGAGACAGCAGGCCGUUCCAUCACAGGUACAGCGGCAUAUACUUGCAGGCAUAGCUUCGGCUUUAGGUGGUGUAAGUUCACCGUAUGAGAAGACAUCUCAUGCGCAUGAAAGACCUGUCACCAAUUGGCUUUGGGCAAGUGGUUGUCACCCGUUUGGACCGUUCUCAAACACCUCUCAGAUGAGUCAAAUGCUACAAGAUGUUGCACUGAGGAAUACUAUUUAUGCUCGGGUUGAUUCUGCUCUGCGCAGAAUCCGUGAAACGUCAGAGGCAGUACAAAACUUUGCAUCUGAUUACCUCAAGACACCACUUGGAGAGCCAGUGAAAGACAAAAAGAACAAAACCAAAACAGAGCUAUGGGUUGAGACAUUCUACAAGAAGACAACCACAUUGCCUGAGCCUUUCCCACACGAGCUAGUCGAAAGAUUAGAGAAAUAUCUAGAUACUGUAGAGGAACAACUGGUGGAUCUGUCUUCUUUGCUAUACGACCACAAACUAUACGACGCUCUCUUACUUCUCUUAAAACAGUACGUAGAACAUGUACUGGAAACAGAGAGGGAGAACAUGAGAUGCUGUAAGAUAGAGUACAAAUACACAGUCGGAGUCAAGUCGUAUCAAACGUUGGUGUACGGAGGGAUACUUAUAGCAGGUUUUCUUGUGUAUUUCCUUGUCAUCUUCUUCUCUUCUCCUCCUGCUCGCUGA